CAGAGAACCGUCUCCGCUCGUUCGCUCGGCCGGCGCAUCCAGUCCCGCCGCGGAGUGUUUGUAAACAUCAGCUCACGUGCAAGCUGUAGGUCGCGACUGAUUAGGCAUUCCGCGAUUCCGUAUUGUCAAACGGCGUCGGCCAAAUCGGCGCGUGAAUCUGCCACGUUAGUCGUUGAGCGCUGAAACAGCUAUAUUUAGAGCGAUCGAAACUCGCCGUUGCCGAGGUCUCCGCUGUGACGCGCCUCCUCCUUUAGCGAGAGAAACCGCGCGGCGGGCCGCGCCCACUGUCACGACAGCUGCCGCCACGGAGUGUCAACCAUAUCUGGGUCAGGCAUGGUCCUGCUGAAUGCUUUGUCGCCGGAAUGGGUUAUCCUGGCGGCGACGACCACUGUUCUGCUUUACCUAUAUGUUACACGGAAUCGGAACUACUGGAAGAACCAAAACGUGCCAUCGGAGCCAUUCUCGCUCAUAUUCGGUGCCACGUUAAAGCUUUUCACGAACCCAGUGCACGAGCUCGAUUUUGCUAGGUACAAAAAGUACGGAAACCUUUUUGGUGCUUUCGAAAUGGGGAAGCCCAUCCUGUUCGUAGCGGACCCAAAGCUGGUGAAGCAGGUGCUAGUCGACGACUUCUCGUCCCUGCCUAACCGAAGGACGCUGAGUAUCAAUGAACCGCUCCUGGACAAUAUGAUGAGCAUGGCCCCAGUGGAAGUGUGGCGAAAAGUUCGCUUGGGUUCGGCGCCGGCGUUCUCAACUAAUGUGCUGCGAAAAAUGAAUGGCUUGAUUGAGGACUGCGCUUUAACGACAACGGAGUACCUUAAGAAAGCAGCGUCUAAAGAAGAGGACAUCGAUGUGAAACAGCUAUUGUGGGACUACGCGUUGGAUCUGAUCGCGAAAUGUGCCUUCGGCAUGAAGCUGGAUUCUCAUUCGGACCCAACAAACGAGUUUGUCACCCAGUCAAAGCAAGUCCUUUCUCAACGCUUCACCCCACGCUUGUUUGUGAUGGUUGUUUUUCCAGCCAUGGCAAAAAGGCUUCGCAUCGCGCCAAUGAAGCCAGACGUAAUCGCUUUCUUCAGAAAUCUUUGCCAGAACACAAUGAAAGCCAAUAGAGACGCCAAAAUGGACCAUGAAAACUUUCUGCAAUUGCUGAUUGACGGAAAGACAGGACAACUUCACGCGGAUCAAGAAAAAGCUUUUGAAAGGGAUCAUCGGCUGUUCGACAUCAGUUCUGAUAUCAAGGCAGAUGAUCCAUCAUCCUUGGAAAUAAAGUUAACGGAAGACGAAGCCAUGGCGCAAUGUAUACUGUUCUUCCUGGCCGGUCAACAGAAGGCUUCGACCUCAAUAGCCUGUGCCCUUUACCUGCUGGCCAUUCAUCCGGAAGUACAAGAUAGGCUGAGGAAAGAAGUCGAUGAAUGUUGUAUGGUCCAUGGGGAUCGCCCUAGCCUGGAUGCGAUCACGAAGCUGAAGUAUCUUCACUGCGUUGUCUCGGAGACUCUGCGCUUGCACCCGCCGGUAUCGCGACUGGAGCGAUCGCCUUGUGAAGACUACAUUAUCGGAGACACCGGAGUGAAAGUGACAAAAAGUGACAUCGUCGCAGUUCCCGUCUAUGCCAUGCAGCACGACCCGCAGUACUUUCCCGAGCCGUUCACCUUUGACCCAGAAAGGUUCAACGACGAGAACGUGGGUUCUAUUCAGCCGUACACUUACUUGCCCUUCGGUGCUGGACCACGAAAUUGUAUUGGCAUAAGCUUCACCCUGCAGGCGAUGAAGCUGUCCAUCUUUCACACAAUUCGCAAUGUGCAAGUGGUGCGGACUGAAAAGACCAAAGUUCCUCUGGUGUUCCAAAAUGGGUUCAGGCCUCUGACGGCUGAGGAUGUCACGCUGGGAAUCAGGAGACUAAAGAGACAAGAUGAUGGGAAGACGUUAGCGCCCUUCGACCGAGGGGACGAGGCACCCACUGCCGCGAGAAGCCUUGUCAACCCGCCUACAGGCCCACUGCUGAAGCUCAAGUGUAUCAGCGGUUGCCGUAUGGAGUUGUUCCUCGGACUGACGGAAUGGGCGGUCCUAGCGGGGACAGUUUGUGUUCUGAUUUACCUGUACGUGUCAUGGAAUCGAAACUACUGGAAAAACCAGAAUGUCGUGUCGGAACCAUUUUCCUUUCCGUUUGGCGCCAGUUUGAAAUUGUUUCUCAGGCCCAUGUGCCACCUUGAUUCUGAAAGAUACCAACGAUAUGGAAGGGUUUUCGGCACCUUCGAAAUGGGAAAGGCCGUUUUGUUUGUCGGAGAGGCAGAACUGGUCAAGCAGGUCCUAGUCAACGAUUUUCCAUCGCUUACCAACCGAAGGACCGUAAAGUUCAACCACCCCGUGCUGGACAACAUGAUGAGCAUGGUGCCCUUUGAACGAUGGAGGGAUAUUCGCAUGCCGGUGGCGCACGCAUUCUCCAUUGGAAACGUGAAAAAGAUGAAUUCUUUGAUAGAAGACUGUGCGUUAGUAACGGCAGAUCACCUGAAGAGAGCGGCGUCGAGUGAAGAGGACAUCGAUAUCAAAAAGUUCUUUGCGAACUACACGCUGGACGUGGUUGCAAGGUGCGUUUUCGCCAAACGGAUAGACUCUCAAUCUGACAGGAAAAGCGACUUCGUCGUGCAGUCAAGGCAGGCUCCUUCAGGGAGCGUUACGCCGCGUAUCUUGAUGCACUUACUGUUUCCGUUCAUAGCAAGAGCAACUGGCCUUCUUCCGCUCAGCCCAAGUGUAUUAGCCUACUUCAGGAGCAUAGGCCAGAAUAUAAUCAAAAGCACGGAGAAGGAACCACAAGAUGAGAACUUUCUUCGUUUGUUUCUGAACCCCCAAGAGAAACCUGAAGAAGCACAGGAUACUUCCUUUGAGAGGGACCAGCGGCUGUUCAACCUUGGCUCUGAUAUGAAGCCAGAUGCAUCAUUAAACUCUCUUCGAAAGCUUAAUGAAGACCAGGCCAUGGCCCAGUGCUUGCUUUUCUUCAUUGCUGGCCAAGAAACUACUGCGAGAGCGAUCGCCUACACGUUGUAUUUGCUAGCUAUUCAUCCAGACGUACAAACACAGUUGAGGAAGGAAGUCGACGACUGUUUUGCAACUCAUGGUGAUCAUCCUGACCUGGAAGCUAUCACGAAGCUAAAAUAUCUGCACUGUGUUAUCUCCGAGUCUCUUAGGAUGUACCCGCCAGUUAUGAGACUUGAGCGAGUGCCUUGCUGUGACUACGCGCUCGGAGACAAAGGCGUGAAAUUGAAGCAGGAUGAUUUAAUCACGAUUCCUGUUUAUGCUAUGCACCACGACCCGCAAUACUUUCCUGACCCCUGGACGUUCAAGCCGGAAAGGUUCGACGACGAGAACGUCGGUUCAAUUAAACCGUACACGUACCUCCCAUUCGGUGGUGGACCGCGGAAUUGCUUGGCGUUGCGCUUUGCCCUCCAAGUUGUGAAGCUUUCUGUGCUUCACACCAUUCGCAAUAUCCAGGUGAUUCGAACCGAGAAAACCAGAGUUCCCUUGGAAUUCAAGAAUGGUUUCGGCCUCCUGACUGCGAAAGAAAUAAUUUUGGGCAUAAGAAAACUUCCCUAGCUCGACCGCCAUGAAUGCGCUCACAUCAUCUGACACGAUAUCAACACAAUUUCGCCAUGCAGCGCUGAUCCUCCGCGCGAUGUGCAAUUAGCGCGACUUUCAAC